AUGAAGGCGAGAGGACGUGCUACGGCAAUAUACGAUUUUGUGAUUAGUGAGAAGAUAGGUAUUCUUUCUCUAACAGAGACUUGGUUGACAGAUUCCUCACGUGAUGAUUGUGCUCUUGCAAAUAUAGGCUCGACGCUUCCUAACUAUGUAUUCCAUCACGUCCCGCGCUCUAGGACCUCUGGCGGUGGCGUUGGAAUCCUUGCUCAUCGGGGCUUUGAUCUUAAGCUUCAUCAGUGCUACCAAGUGAAUUCCUUUGAAUACAUGGACAUUUGUGUUACGUCCCCUAACUCGCCAUCUCAUGUCAUUCGCCUACUUGUCAUAUACCGCCCUUCAUACAGCCGGAAGAGGACGGGAAGCAGACCAGCCGUUUUCCUAGAGGAGUUUACUUCCUUACUUGAAAGUCUACAAGUAGCUUCACAAAGAAUACUCUUCGUAAGAGACUUAAAUUUCCAUAUGGAUGUUAAAGACAACCCUGACAGUUUGGCUUUUAAAGAUCUCUUAGACCUUUUCAACCUCCAGAACCAUGUGACUUUUCCAACCCACUUGUCAGGCCAUACAUUAGACCUUGUUAUAUCCGAUGCAGGUGAUCAUAUCGUCUCCGGACUGGAGAAACACAGUCAUCUGCCUUCGGAUCACGCAGCGGUUAUAUGUACCCUUCGUCUAGGUCGGCCUCAAGAGGUUAGGAAACAUCUUCUCUCACGCAACAUGAAAAACAUUAACUUCAAUCUACUCCAGCGGGAUCUGUCCAAGAGGCUCGAGGGGAACUAUCCAGAUGGUAUCGAUCUGUUAGUUGACCUGUAUAACAUGUCUCUGGAGGAUGUAUUGAAACAGCAUGCACCAGUGAAAGAUAGACAUGUCAUUCGUCGCCCAAACGCUCCCUACUACAAUGAAUCUCUACGGCUUGCAAAGCAGGAGCGACGUCGUUGUGAGCGGCGAAUGCUGAAGUCUAAAACUGAAAUUUACAGGACUAAGUGUAAACGUUCCUACGAGAAAUUAGCAGUCGUGCAAUCAUCAUACUUCCGUGAUAAGAUAGAGUCUUGCGAUUCACGUAAAUUAUUUCAGACUGUGCAGAAGCUAACUACCGUAAAACCAAACGUUCUGCCACCCCAUACAUGUGCAGAAUCAUUAGCAAAUGAAUUUGCUGACUUUCCAUCAGAACUCUAA